GGAAGUUGUUUCGUUUUAUUUUAAUGGCGUCUAGCAACAUGUCAACAAACCAAAAGUGCAAUUUUAUUUUCUUCCUAUUGAAUUCAUUAACAUUUUACUAAUUUAAAAUGGGCUCAUCAAAGCAACAAACAUCUAUUUCUCGUGUCAUGGGCAUCUUACAAGAAUGGGACAAAGGUGCGAAACAAGUAAGAAAAAAGAUUCUAGAAGAUUUCAUUGCUCAAAAUCAGAAUAAAACUGGACCUGAGCUUGAACAGGAGUUCGCACAAGCCGCAAGCCUGUUUCUCACCAGAUUGACUGCAUGGCUUCGACUCUCGUAUCCUUUUAUAAUUAUAAAUAAAAAUUAUGCAUUUAUCUCAUGACAUGAUUAAUAAAUCUAUCACAAACAUCAUAAUGCUAAUAAAAAGUAUAUUUGCAAAAAUCAUUUUUUCAUUUCAUUAUAUUAGGCUUAUUAGGGCAAGGCCUAGGCCUAGUUUGAUUAAGUGCACCCCUCAGAACGAAUUAAAAAUAUAAUACUAUUUGCUAGAAAUUGUCCGCCUACCAGCCUAAUACUAAUAGCUACCAAUAAUUAGUGACUUAAAGCUAUUCAUUUUUUUAACGAUGGCAAUCUAUAUCAGCUUCUUCAUGAGGCUCUUCAUCGGUAUCAUCUCCAGAAAUAAAAAAAUUAAAAAAUAAAGAAAAAGGAAAAAAAUGCAAGAGACUAAAAAAAUUUAUAUCUGUUGAAUUGCUGUUUUAUAUUAGACAGGUAAUAAGGGAGAGACUGCAAUCCACGUUAGCACAAUAUAAAAUGAGUAAAACAAAGUAGGGUUAAACCUGAAAAAAGAAACGCAACAAAACAACGAACGUGUCGGCAGGAAGCAUUCGUCAGCAAACAAAAACAACAGUAAAAACAGUAUAAAAAUAAAAAAUAGCACUUAGCUUAGAAGUAGUAUCCGUGGGCAGCAAAUGAAUUGUGACAGAAAGUAAGUGAGUGAGAGAUUAAAUAGGGAAGAGGGAAAGAAAAGAGGAGAAGUAAGUCCACUGCGAUAGGUCGGGACGUGGAUGCUACAUGGUAUGAAUAUCAUGUCUCUUUUCACAGCUUGAACCUAGCUCCACCCCUGCAUGUCCCGACCUAUCGCAGUGGACUUACUUCUCCUCUUAAAAUAUGAACCGAUGCUUGCUGUCUGCCGGCCAUGGUAUUGUUUAUUUUAUAUUAUUACAAGCAAUAAUUAGUCAGCAAAAAAAAUUAGAAGUAAAAAAUUAAGUCAUCAAUUACCGGUAGCUAAUUAAGCUGGUAGCCGGAUACUUAAUAAUGAAAAGUAUUCUAUUAUUAAUUUGGGACUGCUUUUCUGAGGAGUGCCUGAUUAAUUAUAAGUAUUACUUUUUUAUUAAUUUAUUACUUUUGUAAAUAUGUAUUAUUUAAUAGAUAUGUCACCAUCCUAUAUUUUGAUAAGAUAAAUUAUAAAUGAAAUAAUUAUAAUAUAUUUAUCAUAAAUAUGAGUAAACUGUCAAAAAGCCUGUUUAAGUUUAGUUUUAUCUUUAACAAAGAUAUAGUUAUAUGACAGGAGUAUGCUUAAAUGAGCUACUACGAGCCAUAACAGUUUUUCUGUCUGCAUCUAGUGGGUAUGAAAAAUAUGCUGUUGUUACUAUUGUUAGAAUCACCAAUAUUUUUUAAUUGAUUUUGUUUUCCUUAUUUUUCUACAUUGUUUAUAAUUUAUGUAUCUUCAAUUUUCCGUUUCUCUUUGUCUGUAGCUGUGUUUCAUGACAUAGUCAUGAUUAUGAUAGUAUUAAAGUAUUAAUGCUGAUAUUGAAAACCUAGACAUAAAUAAAAUAUUAAUAAAAUAUUUAAUCACAUUAACAUUAACACAGUAAAAACAACUAAAUGACUUGCUAAUGGUACUAUAUUAAUAGAGAGACAUGACUACAUUUUUUAAUCAAUGAUUAACUUUUUUGUCUUUCUUUAUAAGCUGCUUAAAAUAUUUUAUUUUCAUUUGUUCUUAGUCACAAAUUUAUGGCAGAAUUUAUGGAGGUUGGCGGAACACUAACAUUGCUUGAAAUAAUUGGACUUAAACAAGCCAAAGAAAGUGACAAAGCAGAGGCUCUAAGGUGCCUUCAUCAAAUUGCAAAUGCUGGAAGAAAAUACAAGGAACUCAUUUGUGAAAGCUAUGGUAAGCCUUAAUAUUUAAAUAAUAAAGAUAACAAAAUGAUUAAAGCAGAUUUUCAUUUUUAAACAGAUGUGGCAAUGUGCCACUAUUUGCAACAACUUUUAGGUAACAUUUUAUAUGCAGCAGUAUGCAGCAGAUAGGAAUAAGAGAAUCCACUCUCAUAGUCAUAGUGUGACUGCUAUGGGUAACCCCAAGCAUGUACACAUCCAUGGUCAUUUAAAGUAACACACAGCUGUGUACUGGCCUUAAAUUUUAUGUUGGUUAUUUACACGCGGGAAUAACCAUCCCUGCCCCGGGGUUGACCCAUGGGCAGCUCGGACGUGGGUACCCUGUGACUGUCUGGGGGGCGGGGGCAAACUGGGACUGGAGGUGUGUACAUUUUUUGAGAUUGUGGUGUGGAACGGAUAGGUCGGGUCGGCAGCAUGUGUGCGAGAUUUUACUGUCGGCUCUGUCAACGGAUUGUACCUUACAUUAAAAAGCUAUAGUUCUCAGACCUGAUCGUUUUAUUGUGAUUUUUUAUAAACUCAAAGUCACGUCACCACUCGGCUACACAAAGAUUAUUAAAAUUACAUUUAGACUAGAGACUAACCGAAAGUGAUUUUCUGAUUUCAGCCGAAACCAAACUAGACCGAAAGUUAAAAAUGACUUUCGGCUGAAACCAAAAGUAAACCGAAACUUAACUUUUCAGUUUCGUCCGAAACCGAAAUUAAACCGAAAGUUAACUUUUCAGUUUUAGCCGAAGCCGAAAUAUUUAAAUAUUUCAAAACUCGUUUUCUUACACGUUCUGCUCACUGUGAAUAAUAAUGGAACAACUUUUGUGACAAUUUUUAUUCGUCUUAAAUGACUCUCAUACAAUUUAUCGAAUGAAGAGAACUUUCUCCCCUUCUUUGGCUUUUACCCACAAGACUUAAAGAAACUCUUUUCUUCCGAGAACCCAUACAUUUUUUGUUGAAACUCGUGUUCUUAUUGGUCGACAUGAAAUUGUUUGUUUAUCGGCAAUUAUCAUUGGUCGGCUAAUUUUAGUUUUGACCUAGAUUGAACAAAAAUUAAGCGAAUGUUUGUUUAGUUUGAUAAUACAGUCCCACGACAUAAUUAUUUUAUGAAACAGUGAUACACACAUACGUUUGUAGGCUUAUGAUUUAACUUAAAGGCUACUUUUGCCUAAUUAUGCACAAUUAAAAAAGUAAUAAAGUUUUAUUAUUUUUUAAAAUAUUACUUAAGGUUCAUUCUUUUCUUUCUUUACAUUUAUUUCCAUACACUUCACACUUGACCUAUUUGACGUGAUAUUUUAAUAUUUUAUUUUGUUGUCAUUAAAAACAUUUAUGAGCACGAUAACUAUGAAUGUCAAUGAAUUAAUUAAUUGAGAAAGCCUAAGGAUCACAAAUUAAAAGGAAUAAAAGAAUAAUGUAAAAAAAUAAUAAAGGAAAUGUUACCUUUCCCUAAGAUUUUUUUUCAGAAUGCUAUGACUAUGACUACAUUUAUGAGCAAGAUAAUGAUAAAUCAAAAUGUAUUUCACAAAUAAAUUACUUGAAUAAGCCUAGUUUUCCCAAUUUUUUUUAAAAAUCAAAAAUUAUUAUAUAAAUAUUGCCAUUCCCCGUAGAUUUUUUUCCACAAAACUAUUAACCUUUCAUUUUGCCUUAUUGAAAUUUCAUUUCUUAAAAUAUUGGACAAGUCAGUCAUCAUGCAGCUGUCAACAGUGUUCGCAAAUUAUAUGUUAUGUAUUACCGAUGACAGCUAUAUGUCACGCCAUAAUUAAUAUUGGAUGCCAGCCGUCAGAGUGACAAUCUGACAUCUGGUAGAAGAUCGAUGGCAUUUUUCACUUUCGACCAGACGGCCAAAAGUCUCAAUCAAUUUCAGCCGAAACCGAAAGUAAACCAAAAUUUAACUUUUCAGUUUCGGCAUAAAGAAGGCCGAAAGUGAUCAAAUGGCAACUUUCGGCGCUGAAACCGACGCCGAAGCUCGGUCGGUCUCUAAUUUAGUCAUUAUAUUACAAUGCAACAUUUUAACAGAACAAAAAAAUCACUAUUAUGUUUUACUAUGCAUUAGGUAUUAGGGCUAUUGCUGAGUGUUUGGCAAAGGCAAAGGAAGAGGACACUCAAGAUGCUUGCAAAAAUCUGCUUCUUAUGCUUGCACAAGGAAAUCCUAAGUUUCAAAAUCAGGCUAGUUAUUCUAAUUCUUUGUUUUGUGUUUUGUAAUAAUUAAAUUUUGUAUCCAUCUGUUGUUCUAUAAACUAUUACAUUUACACUUUGUUACAAAAGAUUCUUUAUCAGAAAAUAUUUCCUUAUCUUUAUCAACUGUUCCAUUUCCAUUUUACCCUGUUUCAGGUGUACAAAGGCUUUAUUGCACUCCUGCCAUGCAGUUCACCCAAAGCUCAGCAAAUGGCUUGCAGUGCUUUGCGAAUAGUGCAACCUAUAAUAGGAACAGCUAAUCCAACCAUCAUAGAACCUCUUUUAAAUCUGUUGAGAACUCUGCAUCUUGAAGUUCAAUUUGAAAGUUGGUAUUAAGAAAAGAAUGUUUACCCUUUUGUGGAACAUUAAUCAAAACUUAUUAAAGUGAAAAAAUAUGUCCAAAGAUUUUACUACCGGUAUUGCAAGUUGAUGACCAUAUGUUAAUUUUUUUUUAAAACCUGAAUUUUUUUUUCAAAGUUUUUUGCUUGUUGGCUGGAUGGGGAUCUUAUCUAGUUAAAUAAAUGAACGUGUGGAUAAUAAAUAAAAUAUUUAUUAAAGAUAUAAAGAGAUCUCCUACUCUUCCUUUAAAAUUUCAGUUAUAUGUUUUGACUUUAAAAUAUUAAUAAGAGCAAUAAGAGUUAUAAAAGUAAACGUCUGAUUUGAAGUAAUGUUCUUACUGCUCUAUUCCUUUUGUUUUUUUAAUUCAUGAUUUCAUUUUUCCAGCCAUUGAACUUAUAAAAGAUUUAAUGGACUAUGAAGUGGCAGACUCCCUUCUGUCAGGCCUAGUGAGCCUUCUCAAGCCAGCUUUGGAGGAUAUUUUAGCAAGGCAUGAGGCAGAUGAUGGUAACAUUAAAUAAUGCUUUUAAACAUUUUGCUUAGUAUUUGGAAUCAUGAAGCCAAUAUUUUGAAUAGAACCAAACAUCUUGAUUGAAAUCAUCUAUCAAAAGCGAUUCUUUAUAGCAAAUAAAACUGCACAGAUAAAUCAAAAAUAAACUUAGCUCUUAGGAAAUCCUGUCAAGUUAACUGAAAAAGAAAGGGUGCUGGGUGGCCGAGCGGUCUAAACUGUCUAAAACCUAAUAGCUGAUGGUCUGGAGUUCAAUCCCCACCAUAGCCAACAUCUCAAGCACUCCGGGUGGAUGUGACUCAUUAGCCCUGGACGGCAACCCAUCUAAGAGAAGGCAAACUCUGAAUUUAAACCAGGAGCCAGAAUGAUCAACAAAUUGAUCGUGAAGAAAUGAUUUUUCAAUUAAUCUGUGGUUCAUAUUUUCCUAUAUCGAAUUUGAUUACAGUCUCCAAAAUUUAUGACAUAAAGUUUUCAUUUUCAACCAUUUAUAUUGGAUAUCACAUUAGUUUUUUUCUAAGACACCAGUUACUUUCCCCAGAUAGUAUUUAUUAAUUGAUCAUCAUUAGUAAUUAUGUGAGUUAUGAAUUAUAUACUGGUAAUUAAAAAUACAAUCAGCAGAAUUAAGGAAAUGAACAAAAUUAAAAAUAAGGUGUGCGGAGCUGUAGGAUAACAAGUUGUUGAUAAAACUUAUUUAUGAUGAAAGGCUACAAAACAUUACAUUAAAAAUGAUCACAACUGUGUAUGGCAAUUAUUAAAAAAUUAUAUUAUAUUUUUCAUCAGAAGAUUCAAUCCAGCCUAAAAUUAGUGCCCCACUUCCUGUGUUUGUGCAACAAGCAGCUGCAGCCAAGACUAUCGGGUAUAUAACUUUGUUUUUUUAACUUUGUUCUGGGAUUAUACUGUAAUCUCUACUAUCCAAAAAUAAUUACCUAAGGAAUUUUUUAAAGAAUUUGUAGGGCAUUAAUUGAAAAAAUUGUAACAAAACUAAAAAAUCUCUCAGACAGAAAAACUAAUUAAAUUAAAUGUGUGAAAAUAUUUUGUUCAAACUCAAUCAAAUAAAUGUGAUACUUUCACAGUAUUCUUGCACGUGAUAGUAAUCAAGUUGCUGAAAAGCUUAUUCAGGUUAGUUACCUCUUGGAAAGUAUUUGAAAUAGAUCUAUAUUUCAUUUACUAAAUAGGAAAAAUCCUUAAAGUAAUAAUUGGAUGUUGUGUGUCGUAAGUGGUGAGAUGUUGGUAACUAAGAAGGUGCACAAAAAUUAGAUCUAAUGUCUUUCUUGUGCAUUUCAUGUAAGAAAGAUUUUGCUCAUUGCAUGAUAAAAUUGUGUUAAGUUUUAAUUUACUUUAUGUCUGAACCUUGUGAAAUGCAUCAUUAUUGAAUAAUCAUUCCUAAUAGCCACAGUUAUGGCGAAUGAAAAGUAAAAUUCACCACACUAUAUAUAAAUCAUAAAACACUAAUAUUAAAUAAAUUAAAUAAAAAAAUAAGCUGUUAAAUUAUAUUUUAACUGCUGAAGGCGGCGCCUCUGCUAGUAAUCCUGAAUAUUGAAUAAGAAUUUUAUAAGGUUUACAUAGAUAAUAAUAACAGCUGUUUAUACAUGAAAAAUAGUAAUUUAAUUCGAUGGUAUGAUACUUCUGCUCUAUAGUAUCCUGUAUUUAAUUGACAUCUUACCUUCACUGAUGUAUACCAUAACAUCUUCAUUUCAGCUGCGGGUGACACAUAGACUUAUGUAUGCCAUGGGCAAUACAGAUUAUGCAGACAGUCAAAGACAAGCUAGUAUCAGCUUAGAGGUACUUGCCUCUGUUCAUUAUAAUUUAAGCUGAAAUUUCUAGUUAGAAAUUUAAAAAAUGUUUAAAUACUACCAUUUUUUAAAGUGGCUAAUUAAUUAACUGGUAAAUUUGUUAUAUUUCUGGGCAGCAUUUCUGUCGAACAUUCUCCAUUGUUGAUGAUCAUGUCAGAGACGCCAUGGGAGAAACCCUUUAUGAUCUUUUUAUGGUAUGUCACUUGAACAAACUUCUUUUAAAUUAUGAGAAUUAUUAUUUUUACAAACUGCUGGGUUGCACCAAUCAAAAACUAGACUGAGAUAUUUUUUCAGAGUUAAAAUGAAAAAAUAUAUGAUUUCAUUGCUUAUUUUUUUAUUUGUGGUAAAUAAUAGUUUAUUUUAUUGUUAACUUCACAGUCCAAUCCUGAAACCUUGUACCUUAAUUUGACUCAUGUACAAGCUGAUGUACUGGUGUCGAAUAAAGUCAACAUUCCUAAAUGUAAGUAAUCUUUAGUAAUGUCAAUCUUUUUUUUUUUUUUUGUUAGAGCAAGUUCUUGGUCAGAAAUAUUAACAUUAUCACAUUAUUAAAUAAUUUGGCUUGAGAAAUAUCAUGAAGUACGAACUGUUAACAAAUUUAAUUAUACUGAUCCUCAUUUACAUUUAAAUACAGGUAAGAGAAAUAAAGAAAUCUAUAAGUGCAUAGAAAGCAAUCAUACUAUUUGAUAAAAUCAUUUACCUUGCAUUCAUUUUUCCAGUGAAACAAAUUACAGACUGAGUUUGAUUUCAAUGACAUCACUGCACUUUGUCAACCUGAAUAUUGCUUCUUACACAGAAACUAGGCGAAAACAAAUAGGAUUUGUACAAAAUAACUAACUGACAUAAAAUUUAUCUUCUUGAACUAUGAGAGCGAAAAACAGUAUGAAAACUAACUUGUUUGCUUAAUAAGGCUAAUUUCAUUCAAGCAUUUAAUUAGAUAGAACCUAUUAAACUAUAAAAGUACUUAAGUUCUAUUGAUAAGUAUUUGUUUAGUUGUUUCGAAGUGUCUUUUACAAUUUGUUUGGAAAAACUGACUAAUAAUGACAAAUCGUAAAUUUUUUCUCUGCCACCUAGAAUAUCUACAGUUUCUAAGCUAAAUAUAGAAACCAGUGUUAAGGGAGCUAUUUAUUACAAAUUGUAUCAUCUAUUUGUUAAAUUAUUAUUGUAUAAUUGUAUCUUUGAAUUAUCUUCUUUUGUCGAUGUACUUGAUCAGUAAAAUAAUUUAUUUUGAAAUUUGGAUAUUGCUGUAAAAGUAAAAAAUUCUGGCUGCCAAAUUUCUUUCCUUCAAAUUUCUAUCUAUGGCAUUCAUUAAAUAAUUUUUCAUACUCACCAUUAUUAUAGAAUUAGAAUGUUUUGGAACUAAAAUGCCAAAAGAAACCACCUGAACAUUUGAACACCUACUGGUUCAGGAAAGCCAUUUUUUAAUCAGUUACAAAGAGUGUAGUAUGUACAGUUCACGUUUUUAUUUCAGGGUCCAGUCCAAAAAAAUAAUACAAAAUUAACAAUUAUUCAUACAAAGUAUAACAGAAUUAAAAAGAAUGAAGACAAGUUAGCAACUGUUAAAGUUUAUUUUGUAUUUAUACCCUUGUGAGCAACAAUAACAUGGAAGUGUUGUAAACAUUUUGAAGACACUUUAAUUUCAUUGUCAUCAAACAAACAAAUUUAAACAUGCAAUAAUUAAAGCAUCUGUGCACCGCGACAAGUAAAAA